AUGGAAGGGUCAGUUCUAUAUGCAGGCCUUUCGCCGUCCAUCUGCACGAUUACUGCAGUCCUUGCCCUCGUUAUCUACGUUUUCCUGGAUGAACAUUGCAGAGACAGUAGUAGCAACCGGAUUCCGAAGGGGCCUUGGGGUCUUCCCAUACUGGGCUCCUUUCCGUUCUUGACUAAAUACCCCGAGCUGACCUUGGAUUAUUGGGCUCGGACAUACGGCGCAUUGUAUUCUAUUUGGCUGGGGAAUCAACUUUUUGUUAUCGUGUCCGAUCCCAAGAUAGCCAAGGACUUGAUGGUCACCCACGGAAAAGUCUUUUCCUCUCGCAAGCAAUCAUAUAUCAAAAGUCAAACCGUCUUUGCUGGUCGUGGUAUCACUACCACCCCUUACAACGGCCGAUGGCGGGUGCGGAAGCAUCGUCGUAUUGCAAACACAUGGCUGAAUCAGCGUGCUGUCGACUCAUACUCUUCCAUUCUGGAUCGUGAGUCCAAGUCCCUCAUUAAAGCCCUGCUUGACGAGAGCCAAGCGGGAACACUCCCAAUAAACCCACAGCCACAUGCUGGUCGUUGUAUCCUCAAUGGCAUGACCACUAUCAGCUUCGGCUUCCGUUUCAACAGCAUAGAUCACCCUUUUGUUAGACGCGCCUUGAAGAUCAAUCGCGAGUAUAUGAACUGCACUGCCCCCAUGUCUAAUUUAGUCGACUUUAUCCCCGUUCUUCAAGCUCUGCCUUCUUCCUUGUACCGGCGCGGAAAGAAGCUCCAUCAUGAGUUAGUCGAAACAUACGGAGGACUCCUUCAUGAGAUCGAUCAAAAGAUGCAGCAAGGUGAAGAGGUGCCUGAUUGCCUUGCAAAGACCAUAGUCGAAGUCCGCGAGAAAGAAGGAUUGGAUAACCUGGACAUGGCUAUGCUCGCCUCCGCUUUCAUGAUCGGUGGUGUGGAAACAACAUUCGCUAUUUUGCAGUGGUUUUGUGCCUUGAUUCCAGCCUAUCCUGAGAUUCAGAUCAAGGCCCAAGCUGAACUUGAACGUGUGGUCGGGCGUGAGCGCCUGCCCACUAUUGAAGAUCAGGAUAACCUACCCUACUGUCGCGCCAUUAUCAAGGAAGUCGAGCGUCUCUAUAACCCCCUCUGGCUGGGUACUCCGCAUUCAACCAGUGAGGACUUUGUUUACCGCGGCCAGCUUAUCCCGAAAGAUACUGUAGUCGUCCUGAAUACCUGGACCCUGCACCACGACCCAGCCCGCUACUGCAGCCCGGAGGAGUUCAAGCCUGAGCGCUACAUCAAUGAUUCUUUGAGUUCCGCGGAGAGCGCGAAUGUAACUGAUCCGAUGCAACGAGACCACUGGAUAUUUGGUGUCGGUCGGCGCAUAUGCCCCGGAGUGCUUGUGGCUGAGCGUGAACUCUACCUCAACAUCUCCCGAAUGCUCUGGGCCUUCAACAUGCACGAACUCCCCAAGGAGCCGAUUAAUUUGAGAAAGUACGAUGGACUAUCGGGUCGUUCUCCCGCGCCGUUCCGUAUUCAGCUGACACCGCGUGAUGAGAAUGUGGCCAAGGCUCUCGAGGGUGUGGAGGUGUAA